AUGGCGUUCUCCUCGUCUCCGACGCUGCUCCUAAUGCUGCUGGCACCGCUCCUGCUGGCCAUGGCGCGGCCCUGCACCGGCGCCGACCCGAUCUCCACUGUCUGCGCCAAGAACGGCACCAGCGCGCAGACGCAGGCCAGCAUCGACCAGGUCCUCUCGUCGCUCGUCCCGCGCGCGUCCGCCGCCUACUACGCCACGGCCACCGCCGGCCACUCACCCUCCACCAUCUACGGCCUCGCGCAGUGCCGGGGCGACGUCACGCGGCAGGACUGCGCGCUCUGCAUCGCCGCCGCGGCGCGGGAGGUCGCGUCCUCCUGCCGCGGCAGCGCCGACGGGCGCGUCUUCUACGACUACUGCCUGCUCCGCUACUCGGACGCCAACUUCGUCGGCCUCCCGGACACCGGGUACACGCUCAUCCUCCUCAACACCCAGAACGCCACCGGCGUCGACCUGGCCGCGUUCGACCGCGCGCAGGCUAAGCUCAUGUCCCGCGUCGCCGCCGACGCCCGCCAGGCCGCCAGCAAGGGGCUGGCAAGGGAUACCGCACGGCUCGGCGGCGGAGGGGGCGCCGCCAAGACGACCAUCUACGGGCUUGGGUGGUGCACUUUGGACAUCACGGCGGCGGACUGCGGGCUGUGCGUGGCGCAGGCGGUGGCGGAGCUCCCCAACUACUGCAGGUACCGGCGCGGGUGCCGCGUCAUGUACAGCAGCUGCAUGGCGCGCUACGAGACCUACCCGUUCUUCUUCCCGCUCGACGGCGCCCGCGAGCCAGCCAACCUGGCCGGGCAUCUCGAGAAGAUCGUCCUCAAUCAGUGAUGGGUGGAGAACUGGAGACUGGAGACUGGAGUGCAUGCAUGUGCUUUGCUACCUAAUUAAGCUUGCUUCUUCUUGUACGUACGUGGUGGUGAUGAAUCCAUUUGUUAGUGCGUGGCUAGCUUGUAGCUAGCUGAGAAUGUAUGCGGGGUCCAAAUCAUUUCAGCAGCCACGUACGUGUUCAUGCAUAU